AUGGAGAACAUGAUGCAGGGCAAUAAGAUCAGACGAGUUGCAGCUACUCGCAUGAAUGAGAGUUCAUCUCGAUCACACACGAUUUUCCGGAUUAUUCUGGAGUCGAAAGAUGCCAAUCAGAAAGAUGACCUGAAAUGUGAUAAGGCAACUAAGCGAGGGGAAGGAGUUUAUCAGUUAUCGCGAUUCGAAAUGACCUAG